CAGCAAGAUUUAGGUGUUUUCUAAAAUUUAUAAAAAGGAAAAUAUGCGGUUUUUACUAACAAUUUUCAUAUUUAAAACAGUUACUUCGUCUUCUUUGUUUGUGAGCGACCAAUGCAAAUAUAUAUGUAAGAAUGCAAAUUUACCAUCAUUGGAACUGGAAAACUAUGAACAAGUCGUUUGCCAAAGGGGCUGCGGAUUUUUCAAUGCCAUUAGAUUUCAAGGUGACAUUAAUUUAAAUGUUACAAAAAAGGAAUGCCACAUUUCAUGUGAGGAAUCAUACAUUGUUAAAGAGGAAAGUGAAAUAUGUAAGACAGGCUGUGAUCUUAUAGCAAAUCAAGAGGUUUUUGUAACUGAUUUUGUAAUUGAGUCCGAAGAAAACAUAGUAUUAGCAAGCCCAGAUCGUGAAAUUGAGUUUGAUCUUCUAUCGGAUCCAAGUAUAAAAAGUCAACUUGAAACAGGAGUAGAUUACAAAAUACCCGAAACGCAUAUUAGGACAAUGCCUAUAGAAAUAACUGAGGAAGAAAUAACUGUUAAGGAAUCUAGAGACUGGUUAGAUUGCGCCUCUUACAACUCAGGUAUACCCCGGUGGAUUCUGUUAUCAGCUAUUCUAUCAGCAGUUUUAAUUGCGCUGUGGCUUAGUUUUUCAACAGAAAAACGCAACAACCAAGAACCAACAGUUAUGUUGGACAUUAACGACGAUAAAAUGAUCCUGAUUAGCGAUGCCGGUGAGAAAGAUCCAAAACUCUUGGAAACAAACCCAGGUAUCUAUAAUAGUCAAGAGGUAAAUUUUUCUGUACCCCCAAAAUAUUCAGUUGAGUGUGAGAAGGUUUAAGUGUGUUUAUAAAUCGAUUUGUACUGUUUUAGGGUCAUACUUUUUGCGUCACAUUGAUGUUUGGUAUUUUCUAAUAGUAAUUUUCAUAUAUCCAACUUUUUCUGGUUUGUGUGUGAGUGUAUGUUGUUAUCUAAGUAAUAAGGUUUUUAUAUAAGGUAAAUUGUAGAGUAUUUGCAAUUGCAAGUGGUGAGCGGUGAAUGUGCAGGGUUUUUUAUUAUUAAAAUGGUACUUUCUCGUUUGAUUUCAAAAGAUAUUCGAUAGGAAUUGUAGCAGCGAUUCAUCAAAAUAUGAUGGAAAAUGUAACAAAUAGGAGUAGAAAGGUCAAAUAUCUUUUAUGGGUCAAAUGUCCCUCACUCUCUAUGAGUCAUAUCUAGCAUCGAGAUAGUAGUUAAUUGAAUGGAAUGCUAAUUGCACUAUGUCUGAUAAAAGUUAUAGUUUUAAAUUUUUAUUUUUUGCCAAAUCUGAAAAAGCUUGUGUAAUGGAACUAUUUAUUAUUUUUGACGUCACCUAAAAUAGAACUGUUUCAAUUACAACAUACAUCCUGCAUAUUCACCUAUAAAUUAAAAAAAUAUUCCAUAUUUUAGUGAUUUUAAAAUAUGAAAUGAUGUCCCAGCUAAAAUUUUUUAUCCCAAUAUGUAGAAGGCAGUAAAACUAAUGCUAUAUAUCUAUUAAUAUAGGAGAUUGUUGUUAGAGGUCAUUAAAACCUUAAUGACCCUUAGGGUUUAAAGCUUUUCAAGUUAUAUAGUAUCGGAAGUUAAAAAAAAUUAAAUUGCACAAGUUUUAAAAUUGAGUACAACUGUUCUGUUCACAUAUGGCUAUUUAUUGCAAUUUUAUUGUUGCGCCAUCAAAAUGUUGCACAUUAAAAAUUUUUUGGCCUAAAAUGAUUCAAGGAAGUUACGACAUGGACUUAGAAGACACACUGAAUAUGCACAACUUAUAAUAAGAGUAGGAUUAAAGAAUCCAUAUUAGUUAAGUGUGGAAAAAUUCAUCUAGAAAUCGUUUAGUCCACUGUUUUCAUAUUUUAAUAUCACUUGAACGGUCAGCUACUGUUGCUUACCCUGUAUAGUCUAUGCUUGUGGCAUUAUUCUUAACAUCUACAUCACAAUUAUUAAUAAACAGAACGUCCAAAUUUUGCUUCUAAAAUAAAUGUUGGAUUGAGAGUAACAGAUUUUGUAAUUUUUUAACAUACUUAUAUCAGAUUGCUUAAACAAGAAGUUGUGUAAUGGAUUGUGCAACAUCAGUAAAAAUACAUAAAAAUGACUAUUAUGUAACGCACAUAUGUAUAAUUUUAGGACUACUCGUUUUACCAAAAGAUAUAUCUACUGCAUAUAAAUCUACAUACUUGUAAUACUGUUUCAUGGUACUUAAACGCACAAUUAUUUUGUUUUAAUUUUUUUCUUAACGUGUAGCAGUUUAGAUAUUUCCUAGUCAUAUAAUUAAUAAAAUCUAACUUCAUUGCUGGACUGUGCUAUGAGACUUUAUUAGUUUUAUUAUUUUUGUAUUCAUUGAAUUAUUUUCGUAUCAGAUUUACUUUGGUCGCUUGGUAAAGUAAAUAAAGUCGCAUUAAUUGACGAGUACAUUUAUCGUUCGGAGUUAAAUUUUCAUAACACCUUGACUGCCAUUUCGAGAGUUCAUAAGCAGAAAAGCUAUUAUGGCCUUUAGGAGACAACGAAAAUCUUUGUAGAAGUAUCUAUAAACAAUAUUACAUUGAAUUGACCAAAUGUAGAAAGGUUUUCACAUAUGUUUAAACGGCAAAUAUGAAAUGAUGAGAAUACGGUGGUAGUCAAUGUGUUGAAAUGUACAUAUAGGGGGAAAUAUAAUAUUUUCUUAAAAAUAGUGUGGUAUACUCAAUAUUCGUUAUUGUAAAAUUUAAGAAUAAAUGUACUUCUGCUGUAAUUACAUGUAAAAUUUUAAUAAACAUAAUUG